GGGAAUUUGUUGGAAUUUGUGUAGUUGUUUGUGUCGUUAUCGUCGUUAUCAUCGUUAUGUUGAGUAAAACGUUGAAAAACAAACCAUAAAAGUCAUCAAUGCCUUCACAAUUGUAUUCGGUUCUAUUUAGUUUUGUUAAGAAUUUGUGCGAGUGCUUCGACUGAUAGUUAAUUAAGGUUAAUUUUGCGGACUUUUUUAAUCGGGAUUAAACGAGUGAUCCGCGCAUCCUAACCUGAAAAUGGCCGGAAAAGGAGGGAAAAAGGCGCCCAAAAAGAAGGGAGCUAACGGAUACAAACUGCCGGACCCAAUUCCUAGUGGAGAAAUUUUGAUUGAUUUGACCAAAAAACAGUGGAUCAUUGGAUCUUCCAUCGGGGUCGGUGGUUUUGGAGAAAUUUAUGCAGCGGCACCUUAUACAGGCAAGGCACCAAAAGAUCAUCCUGCUGUGAUUAAAAUAGAACCCCACGGAAAUGGACCCUUAUUUGUUGAGAUGCACUUUUAUAUGCGGAAUGCUAAAUCAGAUGACAUUGAAGCAUGGAGGAAGAAGAAGAAACUUUCUUUUCUCGGAAUGCCCCGUUUUCUUGGUUCUGGAAGUCACGAAUUGCACAGCACCAGGUAUCGUUUCGUUGUAAUGGAACGAUAUAGUACAGAUUUAUGGAAGUUGUUUUUGGAAAAUCAUCGGGUUUUUCCAGAACACACUGUAUAUCAAGUGGCCUUACAAAUAAUCGACGUUUUAGAAUAUAUUCACAGUAGAACCUACGUUCAUGCAGACAUAAAGGGCGGAAAUUUAUUACUGAGUCGAGAUAAUCCAAACCAAGUUUAUCUUGUAGAUUUCGGUUUGGCUUCACAUUAUUCCACAAAACCAGAGUACAAAUUAGAUCCAAAAAAAGCCCACAAUGGAACUAUCGAGUACACGAGUCGAGACGCUCAUAUGGGAGUGCCAACGAUGCGGGGCGACAUGGAAAUCCUUACUUACAACAUAAUCCAAUGGCUGUGCGAUUCCCUCCCGUGGGAUAAAAAUCUCACCGAUCCAUCUGCCGUUCAAAAGCAAAAAGAGUCAGCAUUUAGCGACACAAAAAAAUUCCUCAACCAGUGCUUCUCGGCUUCCGUGCCAGCAGCCGUGACUCAGUUCACGUCGCUCUUGUCCGAAAUGAAGUUCAACGACACCCCCGACUAUGAAAAAUUCAAGAACAUUCUAAUCAGAGGUUUAAAGGAUUUGGGAAAAACUCCAGGCGGAAAGUUGGAGUUUGUUGGUAAAGCGAGCGUUGCAACUAAAGCGACGACAGCAGCAACUAAAAUAAAAAAAGCAAGUAACGAGAAAAAAACUCCCAUAAAGACGAAGCGCACGCCAAAGAAGGUUCUAAAGGACGAAGAAGAGGUGAUUGUUGAAAAGAGACGAGUUCCGUCCUUAAAAUUGAAGAGGCUGAGUUCCGAGGCGAAUGCGAUGAACGACUCAAUGGAAGUAGUGAUGAACAACACCUGCAUCAGCGGUGACGACGUCAUGAAGAAGGUUUUGUCGACCAUUGAUCCCGGCGCGGAUUACGAAGUGCAGAUCAAGAAAAAGAAGAGAGUCGCUGAACAGAAAACGGAAACACCGGAUCAAAAAUCGACGAGAGGAAUUGGAACGUCUACGAAACGGAUAGGAAAAGUGGAAAGGAAGAAGUCGAGAAAGCAGUCGGAAUCAGAUUCUGAACCCGAGGUUAUAAAGACUGGAACCAGAUCGAGGCCACGAGCAAAAACCACUCCGAAGACCAAGAAAAAAAACGUAAGCCUCGAUUCCGAAACGGACAUGUUUGACGAUUGUUAAAAAAUGGAAACAAGAUGCUAGAUAAGGAAAAAAUAACUUAAUAGAAAUUUGGCAUAAAGUUUACCAAUAACUUUCUUUCAUAGAUGAAAAAGUCGACCGGAAUAAUGAAAAAAAUAAUCGAAUUUGCUAUUCAGUAAAGAGAGAACGAUUAACAUCGAUCAGUAUUUUGCCCUUUUUUUAAAAUAUACAUACGUGGCGUUUAUUAUACGUUGUAUUAUUGGUGGGUUUUUAAAUAAACUAUUUUAUAACA